UCUCUCUCUCUCUCUCGUAAUUUCAUAUCGCCGACUGUACCCAGCUGAACGCAAAUCACCACAGUCAUCACCAGCAGAAGAAAGAGAAGAGACGAUGUUCAGGGACGUGUCGAGCUGUAACACCUAUAACUAUGGCGACGCCUUCUAUUGGGACGCCCGCUAUGUCGAAGAAGGAGGCUCCUCCGCCCUUUUGUCCGAAACUACAUACCAACCUCCUCUCGGGUUCUCAUGGUCGGCUGUGGCAAUGCUGUUAUGUCUGAGGACAUGGUUGCGGAUGGAUAUGAAGACGUAAUGAAUGUUGACAUUUCAUCAGUGGCCAUUGACAUGAUGAAAAGAAAAUAUGAGCACAUACCUCAGCUGAAAUACAUGCAAAUGGAUGUUAGGGAUAUGAGUGUCUUCCCAGAUGAAUCAUUUGAAGGUGUCAUUGAUAAAGGCUUCUUAAACCUGGAGGGAUCUAUUUGUUGGUAACUGUGCACCCUUAGAUGUGGCUUUAUAUUUUACAUCGUUCUUUCUUUUAUUGAAAUCUCAAAAUACAUAAUCUGUUCUUAAACUGCCACAGCAGAUAACCUAUGGUGAAGAAAACAGGAACUCUGAGCUUUGCUGAAAAAAAAAACAAAACAAAAAACAAAACAAAACAAAACGAAAAACAGGAACUUUGAGCAGAUAAAUACGGAUGCAAGCUGUCGAGCAAAAUAAGGACCUAGCAUAAAACGUGCCCUGUUUUACGGUUUAAAGCACAACGGUUGUAGUAGAAGUAGAACUAAGAUAAAUACAUCAAUGGCUAUAAAGUCACCUUUGGUUAGUUUAGAUAUUUAUGAGAGAGUGAUAUUCUAAACUAACCGAAUGUAAAUAUUUGAGUGCAAGGGAAUAAUAAUCGAACUUGGGUGCAAGGCUAAACUAACCUUAGCAGACCCAAAUAACAACUUUGCCAACGAUGGCUACAAAUUCCCUUACAAUGGCUAUAAAUUCACAUUUGGUUAGUUCGGAUGUUUAUGACAAAGUGAUAUUCAUGAGAUAAAUACAUCAGUGGCUAUAAAUUCAUCAUUCCCUUACAUUUGGUUAGUUUAGAUAUUUAUGACCCAUUUGGAAAUUAGGAGCAAUAUUUUCAUGAGGGAUGCAGAUUUUUAUUAGCUUAAAUAUGAACGAGAUUUUACGA